GAUGGGAACCGUGGGCGUCAUGGCCCAAGUCCCGCCGCCGCCGCGGCAACGGCAAUGGCAAGAACCAAGAGGACGACUGGUGGGACAAGAACGACACCCCCAAGGCGCGCUCCGCAGAGGACAUCCUCGCGGAGCUACAGGCGAUCGCCCCACACAUCGACAAGGCAGCCAUCGACGGUAUCAAGUCGCAGAUUCCGCCGCCCCAGCCGCAGAAGCCAGCCGACCUCAACGACAUCUACAGCCGCGCCCAGGCCACGGAGCGCCGCUGCAAGAACAACCUCGACAGGCUGCUCGAGAGCGAGCAGAAGGCGCUCAGCUGGUACACCGAGCGCAAGGCUGCGUCGGAGGAGGCAGCCUACAAGUUGGCCGAAGCCCAGGCCGAGGCCCAGGCCGCCCUCGAUGCACUCCAAGUCGCGCGCAAGGGCGGCACGGCCACUCCCACGACCUCGCAGCAGAACCCGACGUUCAACCUCACCAGCCUCCUCGAGGACGGGGACAUAUCCAUCGAAGCGGGUUCGGCGUUCGAUCUCCAAGGUCUCGACAUCGACGACAGCGACCGCCAAGCAUGGGAAUCCCUCCGGCAGCGCUUCGCCACCGAGCUCAAGGCCAAGGUCACCGAGCUCUUCGGCAACACCGCCAGCCGCAUCAGCCAGCUCCGCGCAGAGGCCAGCACCAUGCGCACGCGCUUCGCCUCCAAGCGACAGCGGUCCGAUGAGGACGGUCAUGCCCGAGAGGGAGGUGGACCAAAGCCCGCCGCAUCGGCGGCAGCAGGCGAGCCCCCAGCGCCAGCCGCAGCAGACGCUGAUGGCUCUGCGGCCUCUUCGCCAGCGGCGCCAAGCGAGGCCGCACCUGCUGCUGGCGCUAAUCCUGACGGCAGCUUGGCCGAGCAGCCUGUUCCAGCGAUCAACAAGGACCCCGACCUCGAAGACAAGGCACAGAAGAUGCUCAGCCAGCUGCGCAAGCCUACUGCGACCGCCGUGGCUGGUGCCCAGCAGAUCUACGACAACCCACAGAUCAUCAACACAAUGGACGCAGUCCUCGACCCGUUCGACGAGCUGGCCGAGUUGGACGGCCACAUCGAUUUCGCAGCCACAACGCAGUACGACACCGCCCCGCCCGAGACGCUGUCCUCGGUAGGGGGCGAUGAGGCGGCGCAGGCCGUCGACACAGUGACAUGGGACCCAGGGCAGCCGCAGCGCGCCGCGCUUGCCGACCCUGAUGCCGCUCCGCCCGAGACGCUGUCCUCGGUAGGGGGCGAUGAGGCGGCACAGGCCGUCGACACAGUGACGUGGGACCCAGGGCAGCCGCAGCGACCCGCGCGAGCCGUCCCUGAUGCCGCCCCGCCCAAGACGCAGUCCUUGGUAGGGGGCGAUGAGGUGGCGAAGGCCAUCGACUCGACCGCAGAGGAAGGAGGCAACACGGGUGGCGAGAUGAUCCUAUCCAGGUACCACGUCCAGGCCACGACCUUCAACCACCUCCGCGACCUGGCCAUCUCCCAGCGCAAGCCCGACCCGUUCCGAG